AUGGUAACACCGACGGUUGGCACACAUUUUACCUCGACGACCUCUCCCGCCAAUCAAAGUCCCGUAUUGCUAGUGAAUCGCACUCCGGAUCCAAACGAUAAUUUUAUUGGGCAAAAAAUGGGAUUACCCGGCUCAAAUCCGAUUGUGGACUGUAUGCAGUCGGAAACAAAGUUGCCGGAACCGUUCUUUAGUUAG